AUGGCAACUGAGGUCGUCAAGGUGGCAACUGAAAGCGAAGAGGACGUAAUAAUUAAUUACGUGGCAAUCUUUUAUGAAGAAGGAAAGGAAGGGGAGAAUUUCAGAAGAGCUGUCUUUCUAACAAUCGUCUUCUCCACUGAAUGUGAACUCUUUACAAGACAAGAAGGUCACAAUUCCAGAAGAAACAUUUAUUCCGCGUUCGACAACUAGCACAGGGUCGUCCAAAGUAAUCAGUCACCCAAUGUAAGAUGUACAGGAUCAGUGACAGAGUUUUUCAAAGUCAAGGGAGAUAUCAAUACUCGUACAAGUACGUGACCAGCAUACUUGGCAUUUGGUUAGUAGUAAAUAGAGUGUAAUAGUGUAGUACAAUAUAUCGUUAGUGUUAUAAUGGUAUGUUUGAUACUAACGCACAAUGUUAUCAGAAUAUAUCAUAAGUCUUGCUGACGUCAGCUUUCAUAUUGUGGCCUACAUGUACGCGCGGUUUCAGUAUUCAGGAAAAAAUCCGAUGCGGUUUGCGGUUUUUGGGCGUAUUUCCGUGCGGUUUUGCGGUUUUCGGACCCCCCUUACGCUCCCCUCGUGUAACCUGUGUGAUGCAGGAUAUGUUGGUUAUACUCGUGGCCACCUUCACGAACGCGUUGAUGGACACAGAAAUCAUCGUCAAUUUGUAAAAAUUAUCUUAGCGAACAUAAGUCGGAUGUACCACCUUUCCUUUCAGAACAAUUUCACGUGCUCACUAAAGGUUCUAACAAAUAUGAUUGCUAAUUAAGGAGGUGCUCUUUAUAAGAAAACUCAAACCAUCCCUAAACGUGCAGGCGGACUCGCUUCGCGCAAAGGUAUUCAGUUGAAAAACUUGGGAUCCUUUGUUAUUAUGCUAAUUUGGAGACACUACAGAAAUCAAAUCUUCGCAUUAUUUAUUCAUUUUGCCUCGAGAAUGGUGUCAUGAUGAUACCGAAACGUCAGCUUUUAACAUUAAUAUUCGCUUGCUUAUGUUUUAAGAAAUCGUUAUUGAUCAAGAAUAUGACAAUUGAACGGAAAAAAGGAAUACUCCGAGCUAGAGAAAUAUUUUGGCAAAGUUGGCUGAACAAAAAUAAGCCUUUUUCAUUACUUUCAGCAUGGAGAAAAGAGAGCGUAGUAAGCCAUGAAAGUGUUAAAUUAUAGAGCAACAGUUCAGGCCAUCUUCGAUCAUCAGGCGAUUUAUAACUCAAGUAAAUAUCGGUCAGUUCAACCAGUUCUUACAGAUGGGUCUCAUUAUUUUCAUGUGAAAGGCACCAUGAUGGCAGCCACUUUGAACUGUGUUCUGAAAUAUUUAAUUUUUUUCCUGUUUUCUAUUGGCAUCUGUGAUCAUAAUAGAAACAGUCUCUUCUAACAACGUUAAGUUUGUGCCGAGGGAUUUACAGCAUAUUAAAUAGCGGCAUUUUCAGUACUCGGAUUGUACAACAAGCAAAUUCAUCAACAAAUAUAUUGCCAUGCUGGGCGAUUUCUGCAUGGCACAAGCAAGGCCACUGUUGCCUUUUAAUCCAAAAAAAAAGACAUCACUGUCGAUAUGGAUGUUGCUUCUUUGGUUUGGUGGAUGUUUGCAUCGAAAAUUUUAACAGUCACUUCGAAUCCUCACCACUGUCCUUGUCUUUGCACCUUCAGAUGUGAUUUACUGGCUAUGCAAAUCGACAACAACAAUUGGUUUAUUUCAGGGAUGAGUUACUCUCUACUCACUUCGGAUCUGCUAGAUUGAAGCUAUGCCCACAAAUUUUGAGCCAUUUGGAAAUGAACGCAUUACUGCGGUAUCAUGGAAAACGAGCUGGAAAGUCCAAAGGGUUUCUGGGUGACAACAAAGCGAUACAAGUUAGAAAUCGGCUACGCCAUAUGCCCAGCCUUCAACGUGCAAGAACGUGGACUCUCAUAUCUCUUACUUUCUGUGAUUCUCCACGGCCUCCUACACUUUCUCACUUGAAACCGACUACAGCCAGUUUUGCUUGGUUGUGGCCGAGAGGAAUUGUCUGUACUUGUGUUGUUGAAGGUUUGAUAUGUUUGUUUCAUUGUGUCCUGGCAGUUUCCAAUUGGUAUAUAUUUUCAGUGACUACUUUUUUAGCUACAUCCUUUGUGAACUGCAGGUGACAUAAUAUUUUAUUUCAUUGGUUAUUCCAAUGUAAGAAUGUGGAGGUUUAGGGGAAAAAAAAAGGAAGAAAUUGAAAUGUUAAUUACGGGAGUUUUCACGCUAGGAUAUGUCUUAUAGCACCAUUCCUCCUCAUUUUCUUGUUUCAGUGUCAGCAACCAGUAGGACUUGUUUACUUACCCUCUGCUGGUAAGUUAUUUUCAUUUACGCCUGUUAAUUAGGGUUACUUUUUGUUUUGUAGUUCGCCCAGCAAAUUAAAGAACUGAGAGAACAGUUGAAUGCCCUUGAGGAAGUACAGAUGUAAAGAUUAACCUCUAAGUGGUUCAGAAGCUUGCUUCUGCUCCUCAUCACGUAAGGGACCUCUACACCGUUUUGGUAGCCCUUCAGAAGCUGGCUGACAAAGUGCAGGUUUCUGUUGACUAGAGGGCAUUGUGACAUGAAACAAUUCUUCACCAGACCAGACCCUCCUCUUCAGUGGAGUCUGGAGAUAUCAUUAUUCGUCUCAUUUGUAGUGAAGAGGAGAGUAAAGUUCCCCCCUCUGUAGCCAAGAUGUUCAUACAACGGGGUUCCAGUGGUUUCCAUCCAUAUGCCAGAUGGAAUCCACCACAACCCUCGUUCACUUACAUUCGGGGCAUCUUAUCUUUUUGACCUAACAAAGUUGUCAUUAACGCUGUGUGAAUCACCACCUAGUGUUAUGCAGAAGUGGUGUAACUGGGCGGGCAAGCCCACCAGUUUUGUAGGCCCAGUCCGCUCGCCUCAACAUGUGGCUGCCUUAUGCGUUCAGGCUAGUCCAAGCAUGCUCGCCUCUAGACACUCGUCUUUUCUUUGGACAGCUUCUCAACAACAUAGCUCAAUGCAUGUCCAUUGCAGAACAUUUCCCUCCUCAAAGGAACCAAUGUGUUCUAUUGGAGAUAAAGUUAAUGUUGGUUCUUUCGAUGUUAGUGUAUUCUGAUUAAAGCUGUUCUUUUAAGUCAUGGAAUAGUAUUGUAUGUCCUUCAUGGUCCCACACUUUCUGCAAUCAACUUCAAACUCUUCAGUCAAACAUUAAUUACCGUGGAAUUUAAUGGUUACAACCUGCGAGUCAGUAUUGUAAAAUGUUAAAAUGUGACCAUCAAAUAAAAAAAGGCAGAAGAAAACACUGUAUUAGCUGGAUCCAUUUAGCUUGCUUGAAUGCAUCAAAAUGCUCCUAUAAUCAGCAAACUUCUAUAUAUUCAUAUUGCAUACAGUAUAUAAAAUAUCAUAAAAACAUUACAAGAUAAGCUAACUAACUCACCAGGCAUUUGAGAACUUCGAAGCUCUUUUAUUUCUUGCUUCCGCUUUUCAAUAAUCGCCUUGCACUUUCAACACUGAUCAGUUUCCUCAGCACAGAAUGGGCGGUUAAUGUUUGCGUUUUGUUCUUUUUUAAUGUGGUAGUUGUCAUUGUCGUCAAACAUUGUCAUGUCCAUUGCAUGCAGUUCCAUUCAUGGUUUUUAGCGCGCCAACUAUUUGCGAGACUAGGCCAUAUUUGCUGAUAUGGUGUGAUCUGGGCGCUGUAGGUGGGACUGGGAUGGCACUGGAUUUGUCUGCAAAUGCAACAUUGGCUGUGCAUGUGCUGGUGGCUGUAGUUGAGAGGUUUGCAUUGUCUGCAACGGCCUCUGUGACACUGGCUGUACUGCAUUUUCCAGGCCUACUGAGAAUUUUGGGUAUUUCUUGUUGACCAUGUCUUGGAACAUCCCUCCGGCAAUUACCAGUUGACUGCACAUUAGUCAGAAUUAUUCGUCUCAUUUGUAGUGAAGAGGAGAGUAAAGUUCCCCCCUCUGUAGCCAAGAUGUUCAUACAACGGGGUUCCAGUGGUUUCCAUCCAUAUGCCAGAUGGAAUCCGCCACAACCCUCGUUCACUUACAUUCGGGGCAUCUUACAAUGGGCUGGUGUAAAGAACAGGGAGUCUGUUUUAACUGUGGUCAGUGCAGGAACUUCCAAAGACAGUGUACUUCUUUUUGACCUUACAAAGUUG